AUGUCCUCAGGUGACCUCCUACUUCCCUAGAUGUACGAUCAGAAUUUCAGCUCCGAAGUUAUUCUUAAACACCGAUUUUUCAACACUAACACAGCUUCUGCUAGCAUUCAUAUCGAUAUUCAUGACACCCCUGAUGAUUGGCAACUGCGCGAAGAAACGAGUUUGUGGUUCCAAAUUUGAAUUUCCGUUCAAAGUAAUUUCGGCAAAAUAGAAAAAAUCCAAAAGAGAUGAAAAUUUUUGGAGAGUCAGAAAUCGAAAGAUUACUUUGAGCGCGUCGUAAAAUUCGGAAAUAUAGAAUCACGCUGUAAACAUGGACGAUGAAGAAAUGGCAAACGAUGAAGAAGGAGCAAACAAACGGAAAAAUGCCGGCUACGAAGAUCGGCUCAAGGUUGAAUCACUAGGCUAUCAACCUAAACUACAUCGUUUUCAAGAAGCCCAACAACAUCAGAUCGAAAUUGAAAAACGACUUUUGGCAAGCGAUUUCUGAGAUAUCUGACGUGAGUUGUUCUAAAAAUGUCUCUUCAAGCCGAGUUCUGUAAGAGACCGCAUCACACUCCGCCACCCAAUUCGGCAGUCCCCGCUCGUUCAGUUCUCCGAACUGCGUGCCCUAUUCACGGCGCCUUCUCCACGGCGAAGACAGGAGCGCAAGAAACUCGUGAAUUGACGGAAAACGAAGCAAACGAUUGUUUCUGGUCGGAAGGAAAUUUAGAAGACACCCAACUGACGCAAUGUCCGUCUACGGAAGAAUGGAACGUCAUGAAGGAGACGGACCCCGCAAGUGAGACAUUUUUUGAAAUUAUUUUUCAUAACUAAAUCCAGAAUGCUCAAAUGCCGAACGGGAAGAGUCUGAAGAGGUAGAAGUGGACAGAUGCACAUGUACCAAGAACAAGAAGUCUGUGCAUUUUGCCAAGUAG